GCCAACCAGUCGCCUGCAGUUGUACAAUACAUUAUAACAAAUUCACGAUGAUCGAAUCAAAUAACACUACCAUUUUCGAUGCGUUGUUUCGAUACUUGUAGAAGAAAUAAUAGGACAAUGAAAUGGGUCUAUUUCAAAAACUAGCAUUUUUCCUGGGGGUGAAAAGGAAGGAGGUUAACGUUUUGGUGGUGGGUUUAAACAAUAGUGGUAAAUCGACGGUGAUUAAUCGGUUCAAAAAUGAAGAGGACAGGGUGGCUCAGAUUGUUCCCACUGUUGGGUUCACGAUCGAGAGGUUCCAGAAUCAAAACCUGGCGUUCACAGCCUUUGACAUGUCUGGACAUGGUCGUUAUAGAGACUUAUGGGAGCACUACUACAAGGACUGUCAUGGGAUAAUUUUCGUAAUCGACAGCAGCGAUCGACUUCGUCUAGUCGUUGUGAAGGAAGAACUGGAUCUACUUCUUCAGCAUCCAGAUAUAUGUAAUAAGAAGAUCCCAAUACUCUUUUUUGCCAAUAAAAUGGACUGCAAAGAUGCACUGAGUAGUGUUAAAAUAGCUGCAGCUUUAGGCAUGGAUAAAAUCUUAGAUAAACCAUGGCAUAUUUCUGCGAGUAACGCAAUUAGCGGUGAAGGUUUGCACGAAGGAGUUGAAUGGUUAACGCAACAAAUUAGGGAAAUUGUCAUAGCUAAGAAUUAGUGUGACUAAGUAGCUUUUAAUGUACGGACAAUAAUUGUGCUACAUGCUUUUGUAAUACGAAAUUUAAUUUGUUUAAUAAAAUAUUAUAUCAA